GUGGAAAAACAACUAAAAGAAGGACAGACCGGGAUGUCUACAAGGGUGCUCUGUGGUAGGGCCAGGAUGGCGGUCUGCCAGACGGCUGGACUCCAGGCCGUAAGAGCCAUCAGACUGGGACGAACCAGGACCUUUUCCGGGGCCAGCUCUGAUGAACCGUAUAUCGCAGUUUCACAAGCCCAAUCAGGGCCCAGCACUGUAUGGCCCGACGAGAAGAUGGGCCCCUUCGGACCACAGGACCGCCGCUUCCAGUUGCCAGGCAACACAGGGUUCGACUGUCACCUGGAAGGCGUGGGCAACCAGAAGCUGUUCCCGCUACACCGAACGGUGCCGGAUGUACUGAGCGCGCCCACUAGUGGCGAGCGGCACGAGUUUGUGCUGGCGCAGUUUGUCAGCGAGUUCCAGACCAAGGAGGCGAACUUGUCGUUGAGAAUGCGCAAGGCCGAGCAGUACUUUGAACAAAUGUCCACCGACUGCACUGUGAACUCCUGCCCAGAGCUGCUGAGGAAAGAUCUCGACCUGUACUUCCCCGCAGUGCCCACCGGGGGCAUCACCGUUGUCACAGUAACGCAGCGAAAUGAGAGGCUCAGCGGGCCGCAGGAGAGCGGAGACCAGCUUCUCGGUCAAUUUGUGACCGGCGCCAAAGAAAUGUGCUUCGCUCUGUGGACUGCGGGCUACUGGGCCGACUUCAUUGACCCCAUGACCGGAGCGGCCUUCUUCGGAUCGGUGCUCCCGACCUCGGUGGUCGCCGAGGGCGACCGGCGGCACCAGGGCUUCCAGAUCGAGGCGUCGGGCUCGUGCACGGUGAUCCGUCACGUGCUCAGGGGAACGCCGGUGUUCGUGGGGACGGUGUUCACCAACGCGCCGACCUACAGCUCCACCGUCGCACGACUCAGGGGACUCGCAAACGCACGCUGAUCGGACGGGGAUGGCGUCGCGCAGCGGAGGAAAAAUGUCUGGGGAAAAAAAAAUAUCGGAAAGUCGGAACAUCCGACUUGGGGUUCUCCGGUCAUGGACAUGAGACCCAGGUGCACGUCUUUUUGGAUAUUUUUCGAACUCUUGUUUUUAUAUGCUGUACGUUAGGUGCAUCCGAUUAAAAACAACCUGGGUUGAGCCGUGAUUGUAAACUGUAAUGCAACUUGUAGCGAGGUCGGGAAAGUUUUUUUUAUUAAGUUUAAGUUGUGGAAUGGUAUUUUUUGUCUUAUUUAAAAUCAGAUUUGGUUGUUAUCUUAUCGGAUUCACAGAUGAAAACCCUGGCUGUUCUCAGUGUUUUUUCGCCGCAGUCACGAGAUUUGAUUUUCCGAUUGUUUAUUUCCAAUGAGUAAAUUGGAUUUGAGAGGAAAAGGAAAUCCAUACAGCCUCUUCACUGACUAGUAUGGAGACAGUCAAGUUAUGCAGUUUGUAAUAUAUAUUGUUCAUCAUUUUAUAUCGUCUGUCAAUAGCCCUUCUGGAACCCACACUUGUCAUUUCUCAACAUUACUAAAAGUAAAGUUUUAUUUUUUUGUCUG